GCACUUCUCGCCGCCUCGAAUCCAACACUCACCUCGGUAGAUUCACCAUAGUCGGCAUUCUCAGGUCUGUGGUGCGGCGUGUACAUGGCAUCGUCUUCGUCCAGGUCAGCAUGGCCGCAGCUUCGUCUGGUGAGAUCUCAUGCCCUCCCACCACGCAGCACGCCCCCGGGCUUGCGUAUGCCUAGUACACAUAGCCACCGCGGCCCCUCCACGGCGUCUUCUUCUUCUUGGUCUUCCUUCUCAUCCUCCGCUCAGUCAUCAUCCUUUACGGUACACACCCCACCGGCGCCUUCGAAAUCAUGGUACCAGAAUCGCAACCGCAACGGGCAACCCAGACCACCUCGAGCGCAGGGCGACCCCCACAACCAAGCACUUUACGACUUUCGCGUGGCCCUCACUCAGGGUGAUCUAGACAAAGCGUGGGAUGCUCGACAAAGGUUGGUUGAGCUCGGUACUCUCCAGACCAUCGGCGAGGUGGGACGAAGAGAUCUUCGAAAGCUCGUGAGGCGAGGCAAAAGCGGAGUAGGGAAGCCCACUACGCUCGAUCUGGACGAAUGCGCUGCAAUUCUCAUCAAGGAGGAGACAAGGCUCGCCGUCGAAUCGACGAGAGGUACUGAGAUUGUCCGAUGGAUGUUGCAGUACAUUCGUAUAGGAGAAGAUGAAAGGGCAGUAGCAAUUGCAAAAGAUUAUCUGGACCUUUCGGGCUUACGCGAGCUCCCCUUGGACAAGGGAAAGGAGCGCGAGGUCGAGGCUGAAGCAAAAGGAGGCUCAAACGAAGAGUCCGAAGAAGCCGCAAGUAUCGCAGCAGAGCUCGACGAGAGCGAAGUUGCUAGGCAGACAGCCUCAUCGGACGCUCGCCUGAUGCUGCCUACGUUCCUGCCCGACCUGCUAAUCCUUUUGGCCCACCUCACUGUCAAAAGGGAGGGCCACGCAAGGAGUAUGCUGCCUCUUAUGCGCCAAUUACCCAUGCCCGACCGAACAAAGCUCUGGAUCUACAGCAGGGUCAGGAUCGAGAAGCUGCUAGCCAAUGCUCAGAGAGAAGACGAUGAGAACAAGUCGACGUCUCAGCUAGCUGGAGAGCUUGCGCCAAUUAUCUACGCUCUGGAACUCGCUUGGGGUCUCGAUCGGCCGCAAGCACAAGUGCGGAGCAAUGCUCUUGCCAGACUGUUCGGCGACCUCUUCGCCAAGGGAAAUUUCAAUGCUGCCCUGGGUCUGCUCGACGCUCUGAUAGACGGAACACGCGGACCGGAAGCUUGGUUGUGGGUCAGUGGCCUACCACGCUCCGACGCUGUGCCAGCUUCGACUCCUAAGCCCGACGUCGAUGAUUAUGUUUGGGCAACAUUACUGUCGGGCUCUCUCAUGAAGGGCAAGCUGGAAAUAGCUUCCAAAGUCUGGUCCCACUUGAUCUCUCUCGGCAUCAAGCCAUCUCAGCAAGUCUACAAUGCGCUUCUCAAAGGGUAUGCCCAGUUGGGUAAUUGGGAUGCGCUUGAGAGCGUCUGGAGUGAACUUACGGCUCAGACGGGACCAUCUGCUGGGCCGGACAUGUACUGCUACACUACCAUGAUCACUGCACUCUUCCAAUCCCGGAGGAUUGACGACGCUAUGGACCUCUUUGAAGAGUACAAAAACAAAGCUGCCAGCGCUGAGAGAGCCGCCAACAGCCUCUCUCAAAAAAGCACGUCUGUUGUCACGUAUAAUGCUGUUCUCUUUGGUCUACUCAAGGGUGAGAGGGACGCACAAGCAAAGGCGUUACUCGCAGCGAUGCUGUCGCCUACCAAAGCGGCGUCGGUUCCAGGACCCAACACUUCUACGCUCAACACUAUGCUUCGAGCCUACGCUCGGGUCGGUAACCUCACAGCGUUGACGGACUUGCUCACGACUUCGCAGAGCUGGAAUGUCAUUCCGGACGUGAUUACCUACACUACCGUUCUGGAUGCUCUCAUCCGCCAUGGAGCUCCAGGCUCCAGCGCUCGGGCGGUGUCUGCAGUGCAUGGCAUGAUGAAGGCAAACAACAUCAACAUGACUCCAGUGACCUGGACAGUGCUACUGAAGGGCCUGCUAAGGGACAGCAGCACAUCAACGAACGAAGUAGGGCAGGACGCUGUGCCAUCAGAUGUUGCUGCGUUGCGAAUGAAGCGGGAACAGAUUGCUACCGGUCUCGCCCUGGUGUCAGAGAUGGUGGGCACCGGGCAUCGCCCCAAUGAGGUGACAUGGACGGCUUUGAUCCAGUCCGGUUGCGAUCUGCAGCGCAUCAUCGAUGAAGGCGACUUGGCGAACACCAAUGGGAAUGGCACGUCACCUGAUAUCAGCCUACCACAAGGUGCCAAUAUCGGCGCUGUGCUGACACCAGUUGCACCUCUCAAGGAGAGCAACAGGUCGAUUGAGCGUCUUCGUUCCCUUCGACCAGGCACCUUUCUGACUCUGAGCAUCCUCGAGUCUAUGCGCAGAGACUACAUCCAGCCCAACCGCAAGACCUAUCACUUCCUGCUCGCCUCUCUCCUCCGAGCCAUUCCUGGAUCCGCUCCCUCGCAAGAGCAUCUCGAAGCUGCUCGUGCUACUUUUACUCGAGGUCUCUCGGUGCUAGAUCAUUUUUGCGCUCAGCUCUUCACAAUGACUACCGCGCCUCCCUCUACUCACAAUCCGCUACAGCAGAGGAGCGAUUCGGCGCCGAUCCGUUUGAGGACCCUGGUGCCUCCUACCGCGACACAGGCGGGCUCGAGGAAGUCGUCGAAUCUUCCCCCAGAGCCAAACGAUGUGUCGAUGAGGAUCCUCCUCGAGGCGCUCCUCUGGCGCUUGAACGCUCUUUCCUCCAUUGCACAACCUCUGCGUAACCAAGCAGUGAGCGCGAGCGGGAGCGGGAGCUCUUCUGUGACGGUAGCUAUGCUGCAGGAGGUGGAGAAGGAUCUGGAUCUGACAAAGUCGGUAAUGCAGGAAGCGCUAGUCAGACUGAAGGUUGUGAAUUUACUGCGGGCUAGCAGGAGAGAAGGGAUGGGUGGGGAUGGAGCGAGUGCUUCCUUGGCGAGGAUGAGGGAGAGGGUAGAGGCGAUUGUCAGUGCGUGACCCUCAGCACGAGAUCAAGCCUUUGUUUUUUCCUGUAGUACAGUAAUCUAUUCACAGCAUCUCCCAAU